GAUAUUUACUAUUGAAAAGCGAACUGAAAAGAAUUAAUUAAAUUGCUUAAGUUAGAAAUGAACCUGUUGGACUUUAAAUAUUUUCGCAUGCCCCACCUGCGGGAGGAGGUGCGCCGACACCUGCCCCAAGUGAGGACGGUUCCCUGAAGCAAGUACACUACACGAAGAAACACAAGCAGCUCGACUCCAAGGAGAUCUUGGGGACGCUGGCCCAGUCCUCCAAGAGGCCGGGGAGGAGGGCUUGGAGCGACAUUUGCUGGCCUCAAGGCGAACAAAGACACCAGCAAUGUGCAUCUGGCGGAGGCAGUAUUCCCCAUUAUUGUGAACCUGCGACACCUUAUAAGAAGGAUGGACACCGCCAUGGGCCACAUGGAAGUUUAUUCUUCCGGCGGUCCACAAACAAGCCAUUUUCCGAAGGCGGAAAAGUUCGCCACUAUCCGUACGAGGACCAAUACAAUUCCCAUAAGUCCAAGGCCCAGGUAGCCUAGCUGGAUGGACAUGGUUUUAACCCAGAAAAAUGCAAGUCAAAGGAAUAAUAUAUCGAGAAGGAGAGCCAAAAUCCAGAAUUUUCUGGUCCUUUUUCCACAGUUUAAACGAUUAACGAAUGAAAUCCACGGAAAUACCAGCACGAUAAAGCAGACUUUGUAUAGCCAUGGCAUCGGGCAUACUGCGCUUUAUCCUUUUCCUAAUCAUUGUUACCUUUACCAUUUCUCGUACUUGUCGAAAUCAAAGAUCAUGGUAAAACUGGAGUUGAGGCCAUCGGAACCGUCAGAAGACAACGAUGCUGUGAACGCAUCCUUAGCAGGUCUUUAUAAUACGAAAACUACUGCCAGCAAGACUUUAUCUAAUUUUGGUAACCUGGGAAGUACUGUUCGCCACAAUCAUAUCAGGAACGGACUAAUACCCUUUUAUGAUCGCUUAAUAAAUAAAAUGUCUGAUAAGUACUCUUUGGAUGACAAGCCCAUUUCGGUGCGAAAGCCUUUGAAAUUGGAAUCCUGGGUUACCAAAGCUCCCAUCCCAAUUCCACUCGCAGGUGCUAUCUAUAAGCCUGGUCAUCUUGACAAUGACAUCGACAUCGAAAGGUUAUGCCCCCGCGAAGGUGACUCGACAAAGUUGCUGGUUCUGAUUACCUCAGCUAUACACCAUAGGGCAGCAAGGAUGGCCAUAAGACAGACAUGGAUGCACUACGGGAGCCGCAGAGACGUGGGUAUGGCUUUCGUCCUGGGACAUGGCAAAGACAAUAAGCAAAACAAAGCCCUAGACAGCGAGGAUUUCAUGUAUCGUGACUUGAUACGCGGGAACUUCGUGGAUUCGUACAACAACCUCACGCUCAAAACCAUGUCUUUGCUAGAGUGGGUUCAUCAUCACUGCCGGCGAGCUAAGUACAUCCUCAAGACGGACGACGAUAUGUUCGUCAAUAUCCCCAAACUGCUGUCGUUUCUGGACACCCACAAGGCGAAUCGAACCAUCUACGGUCGUCGCGCAGAUUUCUGGAAGCCGGUGCGCAAUAAAUGGUCCAAAUACUACAUAUCCUCUGACCAAUAUGUGGAGAAUGUCUUUCCCACCUUCACCACGGGACCCGCAUACAUCCUUACCGGGGAUAUCGUGGGCGAACUCCUAGUCUGCUCGCUCAGCACCCCCUUUCUGAAGCUGGAGGAUGUCUUUAUCACGGGCAUCGUAGCUGAAAGUCUGGCUAUUAAGCGGGUGAAUGUGCGCGAGAUUGCCAACGUUCGCAUAGUACUGGAGGCAUGUCGUAUUCGUGACAAGAUUACUGUGCACAUGGUAAGUCCCAAUGAGCAGUUUGAUGUGUGGAUGAAGUUGCUGGAUAAUUCCAUCAAGUGUUAUAAAGGAAAAAGAAGUAAUUAACUUGUUAAAAAAAUUAGUUUUGCUAGUCAACGAUUAGGUGUGAUAUAUUGUACAUAUUUCCUAUUAAAUUGACUAAAAUGUUGUAUAUAUUUUGCUAUAUAAAUGAUAACUGCAAUUGUAAGAAAAUUGUUUCAAAAUUUUUUUAAGAGCUUGUAAUCAAAAGUCCAACAUUAAUAUCCUGAGAUCUUGCU